AAAUAGAUGGAUUGGAUUAUGAUUUUGAUUUUGAAUUGGAGGAUAUUAACAAUAUAUCAAUAAUACAGGAUGCAGUUGUAUAUGCCUGUGACAAAGCAAUUAUUUCUAGAGAAUCAUAUAGAAUGUUAACAAAUAUAUAUCCUGAUUUAGAAUGUUAUUAUAGAAUUGAAGCAUGA